AGAUACUGUAGUAGGACUCUUUAGCAAAGUUGUAAAGAAUAAAAUUUAUUUUGGGUGACGAUCAAACAUUGUAUAUUGGGAGUACAACCUGAUUUUCAUCGCUAACAUACAUUUACUAUACAAGUCGUUGAUAGCGAGGUCGUCGGCGGUAUGGAGGAGAAACAAAAUGGCGUCGCUCCUGACAUUGGACCCGACUUCGACGUCGAGUUCAAACAAGUGAAUGGGAAAAACGGAACGGUGAAUGGGGAGGUCAAUGGCUCUGUCAACGGGACGCUGGUCGAAUCUAAAGAGAAUAAUAACAAUCACGACAAGCAUGGUGGUGAUGACGAUAAAAUUGAUGAGAAAGAAGAGGAUAAACCGAAAGUAGCUCUGACAAGACUGUUUCGCUAUGCAACAUCGCUGGAUGGAUUUCUGAUGUUGAUCGGGUCGGUGGCUGCAAUCGUUCACGGCUGCGCCUGGCCUGUGCUCAAUAUCAUAUUCGGUGAGCUCAUCGACAGUUUCACCGACUUUGCCAAGAACGGCACCAAUGCAACGACGACGUCGCCGACGGCGUCGUCGAACCCCGCGAAGGAUUUCGAUGACCAGAUGCAGCAGUAUGCUGUAAUCUUCUCUCUCAUCGGGGUGGCGACCGUCUGCUUUGCUUACAUUCAGAAUUCUAUGUGGACACUGGCCUGUGAGCGGCAGAUUUACAAGAUUCGCAAGGCAUUCUUUGACGCCAUUUUAUACCAAGAGAUAGCCUGGUUUGACGUUCAUAAGAGUGGAGAACUCACAUCAAGAUUAGCAGAUGAUAUGGAGAGAGUGAAGGAAGGUCUAGGAGAUAAAAUAUCAAUCAGCAUGCAAUAUCUCGCCAUGUUUUUCGCAGGUUUUGCAAUCGCGUUCUUCAAGAGCUGGGAGUUGACCCUGGUUCUCCUGUCAAUGACGCCGCUGGUAGCCAUUGCUGGAGCAUUUAUGGCUAAAAUUCUAACAUCGUUCUCGAAGAGAGAGCAGGAAUCGUAUGCCGAUGCAGGAAGCGUGGCCGAGGAAGUCCUCUCUUGUAUCAGGACUGUGGUCGCGUUCGGAGGAGAACAAAAGGAGGUCGACAGGUAUGGAAAAGAACUUAGAACAGCACGUAAUCUUGGUGUCAAGAAGGGAAUGACGACCGGCAUUGGAAUGGGAUUUACAAUGCUUGUCCUGUAUGGGUCCUACGGCCUGGCAUUCUGGUAA